AAUCGAUUCAAAGACUCGGCUCAUGGGAAUCAACACAAGAACCUGACAGUGCAGGCGAACAGACGGACGCACCGAGUCGAGUGAUGGAUAUUUACGUCAUUAAACCGGACAUUUCCGAGAUUUAAUAACAGAAAUAUAAUCGUGGAUAUUUUGGAGCGACCUGCAAGAUUUUUCCAUACAUUUGGAGGUGACAUUUGUGGACAUAUUCCCUGGAAAACACCAACGUAUCCAGGUUCAUUUGCUACGUUGAAUCCUGUGAGCUCCACAGAUGCUAGCAAUAUUAGUCAGCUAAGCUAGUUUAUGCUAACCUUAUAUUAAACCUGACAACCUGUGAAUGAGCAAAUGUAGCUAACUGUCCGCGUUGUCUUUCAAUGAAUUAUUAUUAUUUUUACUAAAAAAAAAAUCACUAGUUCAUCAUUGAGUCAUCGACUGCACAGGAGGAUAAGUGUCUCGCGCAUUUAUUAAUUUUGACAGCUAGUUAGCAAGCUACAGGAAGAUUAGCGUCGCUAUAGAACCUCAAUUAGCCCAAUAUAUAUAUAUAUAUAUAUAUUUUAUAGUUUAGACCUGAUUUCUUGUACUUCCUGUAUAAGACAAGGAAUUCCGAUUUUAUAUAUAUAUAUAUAUAUAUGUAUGUGUUUAAUAUUAUUGUAAAAAAAAAAAAAAUCUAAACGACAGCAUACUAUGUUCUUUGUGAAAUGCGUUUGUUGGUUAGCUAACAAUGCUUAGCGAGUGUGCUAGCUGAUUAGCAAACAGACAAAUAAGCUGUUUCAUUUCUUCAUAUUUAAUCCGCCUACAUAAUUUAGGGUGCAUAUGUUGGGGUUUAUAUUAUAGUUAUAAUAACAACAACAAUAAUAAUAAUAACAACAGUAACAUUAAUAAUAAUAUCGUAGUGUUAUUUCCCAAGCCAAGUAAGUAGUAUGCGUGUAGGCUAGUUAAAGCUAAUAAACGGCGCUAGCAUAAAGGAGGCUGUAACGUUAAAAAUAAAACUUGCAGUGUUGGUGACUAUUUCGUUAAGGAAAGUGACUUCUCCUGCAGAUAUCUUUGUUUCUAGGCUUUGUGCUUUGUUGUUUCUCUGGACUUUAAAUAUAAUCAGAAGAAAGGAAGCGCGAAGCUAAUGUGAGCUAGCUGGAGUAGCUAGCUUGUACGCUGUUGGUUCUGGAUGAAUUUAGUCGGUUUUAUGACACACGGUGAACAUCUGGACGCUCGCGGAGGUUUGCUGGACCUUGUGGCUCUGAUGUGAGCAGGAUGGGCUCUCAGGGCAGCCCGGUGAAGAGCUACGACUACCUGCUGAAGUUCCUGCUGGUGGGAGACAGUGAUGUGGGGAAAGGAGAGAUCCUGGACAGUCUGCAGGACGGAUCUGCGGAGAGUCCAUACGCCUACAGCAGCGGAAUCGACUACAAGACCACAACAAUCCUGCUGGACGGAAGGAGGGUGAAGCUUGAGCUGUGGGACACUUCGGGCCAAGGACGCUUCUGUACCAUUUUCCGUUCCUAUUCCAGAGGUGCACAGGGCAUCCUGUUGGUGUAUGACAUCACUAACCGCUGGUCCUUCGAUGGCAUUGACCGCUGGAUUCGAGAGAUCGAUGAGCAUGCUCCUGGGGUUCCUCGGAUCCUGGUCGGGAACCGGCUACACUUGGCAUUCAAACGUCAGGUUCCCACAGAGCAGGCUCGCUCCUACGCCGAGAAGAACGCCAUGACAUUCUUUGAAGUGAGUCCGCUCUGCAACUUCAACGUCAUCGAGUCGUUCACAGAGCUGUCGCGCAUCGUGCUCAUGAGACAUGGCAUGGAGAAGUUCUGGAGGCCCAACCGAGUGUUCAGCUUGCAGGACCUGUGCUGUCGCGCCAUCGUCUCCUGCACUCCGGUGCACCUGAUAGACAAGCUGCCCCUUCCCGUAGCCAUCAAGAGCCAUCUGAAAUCCUUCUCCAUGGCCAACGGGAUGAACGCUGUCAUGAUGCACGGACGCUCCUACUCGCUGGCCAACAGCGGCGGCAGCAAAGGCAACAGCUUGAAACGCUCCAAAUCCAUCCGGCCACCACAGAGUCCGCCUCAGAACUGCACCCGAAACAACUGCAAAAUCUCCUAGCCUGGAAAAGGCGGGGGAAUGAUCCAAACCCCGCCCCUAAAACGCUCCCUCGGAACUCUCGGUAGGAUACGGAUCACAUCUGCUGCGGUCGGUCAUACUUACUACAACAUGUACACCUACACAUAGAGCUUUCUGAACACCUCCUGCGUCUGUCUGGUGGAGAAUCUGCAGAGCGAUGGGACAUCGUGAGAUGGUUAGGUUCUUCAGUCAGCUUGUUAAGCUUUGGUUUGUUAACAGCAUGUUUUUCAGUUCCUGAAAAGAGUUUGAACAAACUCGCCAGAGAUUUCGCUUCUUUUGUUCAACGGAUGGCUUUUAAUUAUCACGGCCAUGCCACGCAUGCUACGUUACACCACGGUUUAGAAGUGCUAGCAUAUCUGUGAAUUGCACUGUGAGGUGGUGGUUCGCAUGCACUAUGAUGAACAUAGAGUGUGUGACUGCAUUUCGUUUGAUUUUCUUCUCCUAAUGUCAGUCAUUUCUGGAAAACCACACAUCACCUUGAGCACCUCCUCAGGGGACCGUUUUUGUGUUGACCCCAUUCAACUGUCUUUAUUCUUCUACUUCCCAAAAAAAAAAACCCCAAAAAAACAUUGUCCUGCAUUAUUAUUAUUUUUUUUUUUACUGGAACACGUCCCUUUCUGGAUUUUUGCCCCUAAACAGCCCUUAUGCCAAACCCUCUCUAAUCCCGUCUUACGUAGUUGACGUUUUUGGUUUAGUUUAAUGCUCCAGUGCAUUUGAGUUCAGUCUCUCCAGUGUUUCUGACUCUAGUGUUUGUGUGAUUGACACAUAAGUUUCAACAUGGCUCCCUAAAUUAAAAAAAAAAACAAAAAAAAACUAUUACAGUAAGGUCUAAGGGUAGUUCCGAACCUUUGUUCAAAACUAAUAUUGGCUUAAUUCUAAAACCCACUUUUCGAGAUCAGCUGGAAUAAUACAUUAGACGCCGGUAUGUUACACUUUCCUCAAGGUUCGUCAUAUCCGUACACCAUCAGAGACACACCUUUUUGCAGAACUCUUCCUUGUUUUUUUCAGAAGAAAAAUCUGCGGAGUAAAAAGUUCACUUACAAACAUGUUUUGCUAGACGUCUAGAUAAAUUAAACAGGUUUUAUGGGGAUUUUUUUCUCCCUUACAGCAGGGAAUCGUGUUGCUUCUCGUCUUUAAUAAUCACACACUCGGGUGCGAGAGAAGAAGCGCUGGAGUAUUUCCUUAAAUGCACUGGAUCAAUCUGAUGUUUUAUCUUAAUGUGAGCUGAAACAGUGUUUCUGUAGCAGUGUUACUCUAAAGAUCAGUUCUCUUCACUCUGCACCACACGGUUUUCAUUCAGUUUUCUGAGGAACAUAAAUACGGCGAUUUCAUGAUUUGAUUAAAAAACGCAGAGCGAAGAUCUUAUGAAUAUUAAGCACAAACCUUAUAUCAAUAUCACCCUCUUUUUAAAAGAGCAAUCAGAAAAAGACCCCCACUACGAGCCUAUUCCUAAUUAUUGUGAUGAAUUAUUUACGAAUCUAGUGAAAGGAGCAGCGACUUCUUUUUAAUCCUGAUGAAUAAUAAAUUCCCCAUUUUGCAAAUCUGCAGAUCUUCAAAUCAGCCUUGAAAACACUGCAUGGAGUCUUCAGGUUCUCUCUCUCUAUAGCUAUCUCAGGGAUUUUGCUCAUACCCUCCCCGAUGGAUAACCGUGCCACGUCACAAAUAGAACCUUUGCUUUUACCUUUUAAGCUAUAUGCACCUUACGUGCUCGUGUUUGGAGAGAAACAAAGUGAAGUAGGAUCCUGCGCUUGAUCCGUCCGCUUUAGCUAGGAAGUGACAGAAUCCGGUGUGAGAAUGUAACCCGUUGUAUAUUAUUUAGUGAAUUUAAAAUCAAUCUACAGUCACCUUUUAGUCUGUAACGUUCAUUCUGGAGGACUGUGACAUAGUUAGGAAAAAUCCUUGGGUUUUGUAAGGUGAGUCUUGGUUUUAUUUUGUGAUGCAUCUAGUUUAAUCUUUGUCUUUUCUGAACCUCUUUGUUUGCUUUUAAAAUGAGAGAUUGUUUUCCCCACACAGAUUAAACCUAUAAGUGAACAAAUCAAUUCACAUUUAUUACAUUUUACUUUAUUUUAAUCUGGUUUAAUCUGUGUGUGGAAAAUGUUCCCUGAUGUCCUGUGGGUUUGGCUGAAUAAACUGAAAGGGAUGAACAAUGUGAAUGCAGUCAGCACACACAGUUGUAAACACUAUUUUUUUCUCCUUGGGUGUAAGCUAAAAGCUGCUGAGUAAUUUAAGGAAUCAUAAAAAUGUUCUUGGAACGAUGAAACCGAACCAUUUUUAAAUUAUUGACUGUACAGUUCUUAGUGUAUGGGAAAAAAAUGACACCUUUUUUCACAAUAAAAAAAUGGACAGUAUAA